AAGAUGGAACAACUAUUAGAAGAAGGUAUAGAUGUGAUCAAGGCGAAUCAAGGAAAUAUGAAUCAAGAUCCUUAUUACUUACAAAAGAAAAAGAAGCAACUUACAGCAUGUCAUUUAGAAGAUUCUGGCAUGCAAUCACUUGAUACAAGUUUUGCUAUUGCUACUUCACAAGUAAAGAAAGAAAGAGAGGCAAACAAGAGAUUAGAAGAGAAACUACAAAAAUUGAAAGAAAAGCACCGCAUUCAGCAUAUGUUAAUGUUAACUAAUACUGGCUCAGCUUUGAGCAGGAUUAGAAGAGGAAUGAGAAUGGAGAUAGAAGAAUUGAUAUUAUAUUUAACAGCAAAUAAAUCUGAUUUAGAGGAUCAGAAUGCAGCAAUAGUAGAGAAUAAGAGAGAGAUAGAGUAUUUGCAAGAACAAAUAUCAUCAACUAGUGUACAGUUACUUAUGAAAAGAAAAGAGAAUGAAGCCAUGAAAGCUGAUAUAAAGAAAGAAAAACAGAUUCUUUCCAAUCAAGUGAAACUAUUGUAUGAGAAAGAUGAAGUAAAGGAGAAAGAUCCUAAGGUUGCAGUUCCUGAAAAGAUGGAAGAAUCCACUGAGAAAAAAAUAUUACCAACUGACACACUCCUCUUUGACCAACCCUGGUUUCAUGCUGAGUUAACUAGGAAUGAUGCUGAAAUGUUGUUGGAUGAUUACAAAGACAUUCCAGGGGCUUUUCUUGUAAGAGAACCUGCAAGCAGCACAAACUAUGCCAUAUCAUUUAUUUUCCAACAAGUGUGUAAUCAUAUGAUGAUUCAGCAAAAGUUUAAAGAAGGGAAGAUGAAGUAUUAUCUUUUCCGUUAUCAUCUUAAGUUUGAUUCAAUCUUUGAACUGAUUGAGUAUUAUCAUCAAUAUCCAAUAAUAAUGGGUCAGACUCAAAAUACUUUUGUGAUGCUCACUGUUGCUGUCCCUAAAAUAAAUGACUAUGAAGCAAGGCCAUGGUUUAGUAAUGUUUCUAAAAUAGAAGCUGAGGAUAUGUUAAACAGUGUGUUACUUGAUGGUGCCUUCUUAGUGCGUCCAUCUAGUCAAGAAUCUGAGGAUGGAAAGAAGGCAUUGGCUAUUAGCUUAAGAGGCAAUGAUAAAAUAUGUCAUAUCAGAAUUACUAAGGAUGGGGAGCAGUUCACAAUUGGAGGACCAGCAGGAUUUACCUUUGGCAACCUAAUAGAAUUGAUAUACUAUUACAAAUAUCAACCAAUUUAUCUUAACACUAAGCUUACACAUCCCAUCAACAAAGAGAUACUAGAGCAGAAAACUUCAAGUGCAUUAAUGCAGAGCCCUCAUUUACAUGUAUACGAGUCUAUUAAGGAGCAUCCUAUCACAGUACAUGCAUUAUAUGACUUUAAAGCAAGAAGAGCAGAUGAGCUCUCAUUUGAAUGUGGAGCUGUUAUCACUAAUGUUGAGAAGAUACAUGAAGACUGGUGGCGUGGGGAGUACAAAGGAUCUAGAGGUGUGUUUCCUGCAAGUUACGUCAAAGAGAUUUUGUAAACCAAGAAACCAGAAUGCACUAUGAACUUGUAUUAAAUUUAAAUUUCUAAUCAAUAAUACUUUUGAAAUAGAUAGGUGUAUUUUUUACCAUCAUAAACUGAAAA